AGUGACGUCAUUAUACAAAAUUUGAAAGCGCCGCGGCCAGACGGACGACGUCGUGACACACUCGCUGAACGAUCCAGCGCUAGACGAUGGAAAAGUCAAAAGAAAGCGAGAUGGUGACAGAGCUUCGAGAGCAGGUGAGGCAAAGGAACACGGAACUGGAGGCGGUACAUGGAGACAUUCGAUCCAUCAGAGAUACAAUCCGGAAAGAGAGCCAAGAGCGGAAGAAAUUCAUGUCCAGCGUCAUUCGAGUAGACGAAGCAGCUGAGUUGGUGACAGAUCAUGAGCAACUGAGGGAGUCUCUACAAGUCAGACAGGCACAGCUGAGGAAUCUCCACACAGGAUCAGCCCAGGAGCAGAGGGAGUUGGAGAGGGUUAAGGAGCAGGUGGAGGAACUGCAGAAAUGCCAGCUCAAAGUGUCUGGCCAGAGAGAACAGGACACCCUGGCAGUAGAAGGUCUUACUAUAAUAUAGAGGAGUUGCUACAAUUGAAUAUUGAACAUUAGUAGUCCAUGGCUUAGGCUUAGGGUUACACUUUCAGUGAAGAACUUGUAUCGUUGUAGUCUAGGGUGACAAUUUUCUGCAUUUCGUGUGAAAUUGUUGGGUUUUCAUCAGAACUGAAGAGGCAGGAAGAGCAAGUGCAGGAGAUCUGUUCAGAAACUAAAGCUAGACUGGAGAAUGCUAAAGAGGACCUCGAUAAAUGUAAGGAGGCCACUAGGAACGUCAGCAAGUCCCACCCCCCAAGAAAGCCCUUGUCAGUGAGGCUGGAUCAGUUCAUUAUCACUACCUGCAAAAAGGCUGGACUAAAAGUGUAAUCACUCGCUGUUGUAGAAUUUUUCAUACUCCACGUUUUUUUUUUAACCUUGAUGUAUAAUUAUUAUUAUAAUAAUUAUGCUAACCAGGUUCAUAAUGUUUUCAUAAGACGAGAUAGAAGUAAUGCUCAAUGAAGGUUGAUGAAAUAGUGUAGGGUGGUCCGGUGUUUUGUAAACAGGGGAAUCUACAAGGGCUAUGCUAUGAGCAGUGGAAUAAUUAUGAGUUUGGAAAGUGAUUGGAUGAUGAUGUUUUUUCACAAUGAUAUCUCCAUAGUUUACCAUACCAUACAGCAAGCGACACUGUCCUAUAUACUGAGACAUGGAGUAUACACGUGGCCGUGGGAGAGGGUCAGAGGAUUCCGAGGAUUUCUCGGAGUCUCUCCUUCAUUGCUAGUUUCUGGUCCAGCAGACUCUGCUCUAGACUGUGGGCAGCUCUCAACAUUUCCUCAAUUCUCACUGGGAAGAACGUCUCAUACGCCACCCCCUCACUGACAUCUUCUUCACACUUGGCAAUGAGGUCGUGAACCUUGGCCUGCUCACUCCUAAUGACAGCCACUAGAUCCACAUCUAUCUCUUCACUCUCUCCUCCGUCCCCACUCCUACUGCCAGACUCUGCCUCACCAAUGACUAGAGGAUACAUGUCUUGAGAAGAGUGCUCCAUUCUGCCUUCACUGAGAGAAUCAGCAACGUCUUCAAAAUGACCUGCACCUUGAAUAAUGAAAAUUUAUGCGUCAAAUUUGUAGAAAAAAUGCACAAAUACCACUUCCAAGAAUUACGUCUUGC